GGAACCGGUUUCUUCAAGGCCAACGUCUCGCCCCUCCUCGCUGACCAGAAUGAGGACACAAGGAUGCGCGUCGAGGUCCGCAAUGGCGAGCGUGUCAUUGUCGAUCCCGCUGUGACCAACACCCGCGUCUUCCUCUACUUCUACCUGGCUAUUAACAUCGGCUCCGUCUGCGGCCAGAUCGCUAUGGUCUACGUUGAGAAGUAUCACUCUUUCUGGCUCGCCUUCUUCAUCCCCACCAUCUUCUUCCUCGUCGCACCCAUUGUCCUCGCUCUCAACAAGAAGAAGUACAAGCUCAAGCCCCCCACUGGUUCCGUUCUCUCCAAGUUCUUGCGCAUGUUCUUCUACGUCCGCAAGCGCAGCUCUUUCUUCAGCUUCAACUGGGAGCACGCCAAGCCCUCUCAGAUUCCUGUUGAUCAGCGCCCUGCUUGGAUGACCUACGAUGAUGCCUGGGUCGACGAGAUGGGCAUCGCCUUCACCCCCAUCAAGCGUAUGACAACCGGUUUCAUCAUCUCGGCCCUCGCCAUGGUUGCAUCGGCUGUCAUGCAACACUUCAUUUAUGAAAAGAGCCCCUGUGGCAAGUAUGCCAAUACAGCGGGUUGUGAACCCGCCGACAUCAACGUUUGGGCUCAGUGCCUACCUUACAUCCUGAUCGGUCUCGGCGAGAUCUUCGCCAAUGUCACAUCCUACGAGUAUGCCUACUCCAAGGCUCCCGACAACAUGAAGUCCCUCGUCAUGUCCGUCAACCUCUUCAUGUCCGCCUUCGCCUCGGCCAUCGGCCAGGCCUUCACUCCUCUCUCCGGCGACCCUCUCCUCGUCUGGAACUACGUCGUUGUUGCCGUCAUCGCUUUCGUCGGUGGUGUUGCCUUCUGGUUCAACUUCAAGCAUCUCGACGCCGAGGAGGACAAGUGGAACAUGCUCAAGGCUUCUGAGUACAAGGGUACCUACCAGCCCAACGCUCUGGAGAACAAGAUUUCGGAGGAGCAUGAGGAGCCUGCUGCUCCUAGGGACAUUGAGAAGAUGUGA